AUGACACACUUCCGCGAACCGAUUACGCUUGAUCUCGUGCUCAGAUCUCUUGACAAGGUGCCGUUCUCAAAGCCGUUCGUAGUAAUUCUGCCUAUUCUCGCACUCCUUUGGGAACGACGGGGUCAGUCGCUCUCGAGUGCACUCUUGAAACUGCCUUCGUUGUCGGAAUGGUCCACAUUGCUUACAACGCGGCAUAGAUGGGUGUUUCGUAUGGUCAUCUUCAUCGUGUUGAAAGAGCUUAGCAAGGUCUGCUCUCGUUCAGCAAGCAAUUUGGGCGUCUCGAAACCUGACAGGCCAAAAUGGAAGAAGGACGUAGUCGUCAUCACAGGCGGGUCAACAGGUAUUGGUAGAGACGUUGUUCAGCACCUCUCGAGAAAGUUCGGUGCUCGCAUUGCCGUGUUGGACAUUACGGAGCCCACGUACGCACCAGCCAAGUAUGGGGCGCCGGACAUUCUCUACGUGCGCACGGAUGUAACAAACAAGGACGAAGUCGCAGUGGCGCAUUCCAAGAUCAAGGACCACUUCGGUAACUCGCCUUCUAUCGUCGUCAGCUGUGCGGGUGUGGCACUCGCUGGUCCCAUCCUCACGACGUCAUCGAGGACGUUUUCGCGCACAUUCGACAUCAACGCCCUGGCCAACGUAAUUCUCGCGCAUGAGUUUUUGCCAUACAUGGUAGAAAACAACCACGGCCAUUUCAUGGUGGUCGCAAGCUCUGCUUCUUACUUCUCCUUGCCGCUGCUUGGACCUUACUCGAUGAGCAAGUCGGCUGCGCUUGCUUUCUACGAAACGCUCCGUGCCGAGCUCCGUUCCGUGUACAAAGCACACCGCGUGCGCACCUCCGUUGUGACACCGACAAAGGUGCGCACGCUCCUGGGACACGCACUCAAGGACUCGGACAACAACUUCCUGACGCCUGUACUUGAGCCCAUCCAGGUGGCCAGCGCGAUGGUCGACACGCUUGACAGUGGUCUGGGCCGUGCCAUUUCACAGCCCAUGUUUACAUCCCUGCUUCCAUAUGUGCGUGCGCUUCCCGAGUGGUUCCGCGGGCUGCUUACUACGGUGGGAAAUACAGACUCGUCCGUGACUGCCGAGUCCAUUGCCAACAGCUUCGAAGCUGGCUAUGGGAAGAAUUGGAGCAAGGAAGACUUUGCAAAUGUGUUUGGCGAGAUGGAGUCCAUGGUACGUGCCUCUGCAAAAAAAGAAUAA